AUGGCGACCGCAAUUUCCAAACCGACCUCUCAUACCCCGAAGAUGAAGCGGCCGCCCCCGCCUUUCGGCCAGGCCGCGGUCAACGGGUUCAAAGGCCAACAACUUUCGUCCUCGCCCACCUCCGCCUCCAAACGCCCUCCGACAAGCGCCUCUGUACACGCAAAUGCCAACUUCACAAAUGGCACUGCCAAUGUGGCGAACUCACUUAAAGGCCCCCUCAACCGAACCCGGAACCAGUCACAAAGGCCGGCUGAUCAGCUCUCGCGAUCUGGUCGGCCAGUCACGAGAACAGCGGUGAUGGAUCAGGCUCAUAGGGCUGGUAAAAAGGCACCAGAACCAUAUGUGAAAACUACAUCAUACAUCCUGAAGAAAUAUUCAAAGUCACCUCCGUCUCUUAUUGUCCAUUUGCAUCCCACACAUUUUCGAUUUGAGCAGCAAGAUGGCAGCUUCCCCUACAACUCCGAGAUGAAAGUCAUCAUUGAACACAUUCGCGCCGGAACUGUUCCACAUGAUCUGAUCGAGGAGCUAUUACGAGGCGGAGUGCAGUUCUACGAAGGCUGCCUCAUCGUUCGUGUUAUUGAUCACAAAUCCGUCUCUGCGCAAGCGAGGAAGACCUCGGCGUCAUCAACCACCGAAAGCAAUACUCCUUUCUCUCUCCACAAUUACAACGAGCAUGUUACACCAUCAGCUUAUGUUCCAUAUCCGAAACAGAAUCAACUCACGUCCGAUUCACAAAGCGCAAAGACCGACGGAACGCCAGCUCCAACCCAACAGGAUGGCGAGGCUCCAAGUGAGCAGGAAGGCCAGAACAACAACCAAUCGCAGAAAAAUAUACCGUCUAAGUCUCGAGUAUUUACUACCGUACUCCACCCAACUGCACGAACUUUGCAAGCGGAAUUGACACUGCUCGUCACGACUCCUGACCCACGAGCCAACAAAGUGAAUCAACAAGCCUCUUACGCCACGACUCCAGGAGGCGUCCAGCAAGAACGUGGUCAUACAGCAAAGAGGCAGAAGACCCUUGUUGCACCGGAAGAUCUUGUAGAGUGUGAAUCAAGAAUGAUCCAGGCAAUGGCUCCCCCACUAUUCCUGGAACCUGUGCAUAGUCUUGAUGCUGCUCAGGAACUACUUAAAUUCCUGGAGAGUCCAUUACACUGCGAUCCACCACCUUCGCCCAAGCGCCGCAAGAGAACCAUUGCUGAACUUGCUGCAGACGAGGCAUUGGCUGCUGAAGAGGAGAGAUUUAUGCUUAUUAUGGACGAGCGUCUGGAACCUACAGCUUCUGGUACUGGUGCCUCCAAGGUUGCCGUUGUGGACGAUACCGGCGGCGUGGCACCGUUUGAGCCCCGAUUCUCUCGAUUCAAGACAAUUGAAACUAUCCGCAUGCAGCAUGAGGAAAAAGCUAAGCGCGAACACGAAAUCAAGUUGAAACAAGAGCUGGCCAAGAGACAGCAGCAAGACCAAGAACGAGAUCGACGUCGUGUGGUUGAGCAGCGACAAGCCGAUGAGCACGCAAAGGAGGAAGCUCGUAGACAGCAACUCGCUGCUCAACAGGCGCAGGCUCAACUCGCCGCACAGCAAUCAAACCGACAUGUGAUGGCUCAGACCAAUGGUAUGAAUCAAGGCCAGCAAUCUUCGCCGGUUAUACGCAACCAAACUCCGCAUGUCACUUCGUCGCCCCUCGUUGGCAACACCAUGCCGGCACAGGCCGUUCAGAUGACUAUGUCUCAGUCUGGAUCUGGCAGUCCGCCACGGCCGCCAUCUGCUUUGCAACACGCACACCCCAUGGGCCAUCCGAUGGCUCCUUCGAGAAGUCAACAGGGUCCGAGCCGACACGGCACUCCCCAAAUGACCCAGGGUACGCCUGCUAUGUCACAUGCUACUCCAAUCAUGCGCAACGUGACACCGACCCAGCGGAUGAAUCAUGGUAGCCCUAACCACCCGAACAUGGCUCAAACCCCCAUGAUGAACCAGGGCAUGGGUAUCAACCCCCAGAUGAAUGGUACAAACAUGCAACACCUUACUCCACACCAGCAACAACUUUUGUUGCAACAGCGACAGCAGCAAUUACUCGCACAAGGGCAUCUCGGUCAAAAUCAAAUUACGCCUCAGCAGUUCGCCCAAAUGCAAGCCAAUGCACAGGCCAAUGCACAUGCACAGCACAAUAUUCAAUCGCAUCAGCAACAAAUGCUACAGGCUCAACAGCAGCAGCAGCAGCAGCAACAGCAAAACAAUCAAAAUGUUCAAAAAGUUCCCCAGCAGAAUCAACAAGCAUACCAAGCUGAACUCAUGCGAGCUCAAUAUGCGCAGAUGCAAAUGGUUAAGCAAGGCCAUCAUCCCCAAAUGCAAGGCCAGCAAAACCAGCCACAGCAGGCUAGACCACAGAUGACAGCUCAGCAACAGCAAAUGCUGAUGGCAGCCGCUCAAGCAAAUGGUGGCCAAGCUCCUCAAACCCAGCAGGCCAUGCAGCAACGAUAUGCCACUCUCUUCCAACAACGGCUGCUUCGUCUUCGACAAGAUAUGUCACAGCGACUAUUGCCACAAUUUGGUCCACCGAGCCAGUAUCCACCCAAUAUUGCUCAACAAUAUACCGCCGGACUGGAAAAAACCGCCAAGGCAUGGAUUCAAGAACUGAUCCGACGAGAGCGUGAAGGUAUCCCGAUAGGCCAACAAGGCCAGCCAGGCCAGCCAGGCCAGCAGCGAAUGAACCCGAAUCAGGCCGCUUUAAUGCAAGCUCAGCAGGCCCAGGCUGCCCAACAAAUGCAACAACAAAACUCAAUGCACGGCAUGAAUAUGAACAACUGA